CUCCCAGCACAUAAGCGGAUUUCCCCCGGUCGCCCUACUACUUCUAUCUCUCACCUCCCUCCGUCGGCCCCGUCAACGCUUUCUAUCCGUCUCUUUCCUAGUACGUCGCCCAGAUCAAGCUCUCGUUUUCCUAAGUCAUCUUCGACUCGAGUCCGCUUCUCGCCCUACCUCGUCCCUGACCUUUCAAUCUGCUGCUGGAGCUCCGGUCGCUCACGAUUGCAAGCUUCGCCCAGAUUCGCCCGACAUUGCGUGCGCGCGAGUCGAGAUCGAAGCCACCGGUCGACCAUCACCACCACCACCACCACCAGCCUAACUGUACAUUCUGGUCAUCGCAGACCCACGAGCCAAACACAUCUCGCAACCUCCGCAUCAAUGGCGACCGCCUACGGGUCCAACAGCUGCAAUGUGUCGCCGCGGACGACGAGCACGACACCCAAAUCCAAAGUCGUUACAUUUGUUCUCCAUGAGGCCCGUAUACCGCUCCGGGUCGCAAUCUACCCGCACGAUGCGACGGAAUCCAUCAUUACCACUGUCAAGAAUUUUUAUGGUUUAUACUACAAGGAGCGUGCGGGAAUCAGCUUCGAGGACGAGCGAGGAAACACCAUGAUUGCCCGAUACGAAAACUUUGUCGACCACCAGUCCGUCAACGUCCGCAUCAUCGAGAACCCCCGCGGGCUAUCACCGAGCUACAACAAUGCCGAUGAUGAGGAGAACAACCACCACGCCUCCAGACCCCCUCUGCGAACAUCACGAUUCCGCAGUCCCUCUCCCAAUGGUAGCCGAGGGCGUCGCAGCACUUCGACUGCCAUUGCCGGAAAGAAAGGGCGAUCUCGGUCUUCCAAGACUACGCACGGUGACCACAGCGACAGCGUCAAUGGUUACAGCAGUGGAGAUGGUGCAUCGGGCUCGGCGUCAGGAAAGAAUAAGGAGCCUCUCGGAAACACCGACAUCAGUGUCGAAAAUAUCGUCGAAGGAGGACGGCGGAAGCGCGCCAAGUUGUUCGAGAGUUCGGAAUUGCCGCUUUUUGCUCCUCCACAGAUGCCAGCGGCCACUUCCAAUCAUUCGUUUUCCCCCAUUAGAAACAAUGACUUCCACCGAUACCAUCUACCUUUCAGCAAUGCCACACAAAACCCCUUCAGCAAUCCCCGGCCUCUACAAACUCCGCCGAACUACCAUAAUCACCAUGCGGCUUCUAGUACGUAUGCGACGCCGGCCCUUGACGACCGUCGCGCCCGUGGUAGCAUCAGCAAUGAUGGCUCGGGUGCUGCCACCGGAAUAAGGACGAUGCUCACACCCGAUCCCACUGUGAGAAGCUGUGUGUCUGAAGAAGAUAAGGAUAUCAAGGACGUCGCCAUGCAGCUCAUGCGGUUGCAAGGCGAUUGGCACGUACAUGGCCGAUCAUCAGGCUCAACGCUGGAUGAUACGUUCAGCGGUGGGGCAGAUGCUUCUUGCUCCACCGGUACGACGAGCGAUUGUGAGAGUGAAAGCGAAGACGAGAUGCCGCUUGCGCGUGCGAAGACGGACGAGUUCGGGAAGCAGAAUGUCUUCCAGACAACGGAAAGCCACUUUGCGGUUCCGCAAGAUGGUGCUGAGGUGAGCGGCGAUGACGCGGACUACGAGGACGGAGAUGGCGCAGAGGAGGGUGCGAUGGCGGCCCCCAAACCCUUGAAGAACCCAAAACCCAGAUCCGGCUCUCUAAACGGCUCCAGGGCACGCUCACAGUCAACCGGCAAGCCCAAGGCAAUCAAGGCCACCAAGCCUAAAAGCAAGAAGACUUCAGCAAACCCAGUCCCUAUGACGCCCGCAUCCAUGCCUGCCUCCCGCAAGCAGUCGAUCGUGUCAACUUCAACCUACUCUGCGGCCCUUGGAGAGGAGGAACAGCCGGAUCUCUCCACUAAGCCACGCUGCCAACGGUGUCGCAAGAGCAAGAAGGGGUGCGACAGGCAGCGACCUUGUGGCAGAUGCAAGGAUGCCGGCAUUCCCGCCGAACAAUGCAUUAGCGAGGACGAGGGUAAUGGCCGGAAGGGCCGCUACGGUCGUCACAUGGGUGUUCCCGUUCCGGUGAACAAGGAGGAAGUGUCGGCUCCGGCAACGUUACUGCCGGCUGCCCUAAUCGCCCCUGCGGGGGGUCUGGGCUCUGUCCCAAAUCCAUCAGCACUCGAUAAGAGCAAGAAGCGCAAGAGGUGAAGUCGCUAAUGAUGGCCUGACCACGGGUCUGCUUCAUCAUCCACAAGUUCAGUUUCCUCUUCAGUGUCUCCUUUUAUCUCUCUGAGCCCCCGAUUUUUUUUGUCCCAAAGGCUUUCUGUGCAGCGCGGUAAAAGUCAAAUUCGUCUAUCUACCCAUCUUAUCUUACCAUAUCCUAUUUGUUGCGUGUCGGUCUGUGAUCAGCCGUUGAGCACCUCUGGCUUCAGUCGAGUUUGUCCUUGUUUGAGACUGUCUGGUUUUCGUAAUGGGAAGCUGUGCUUGAUGUGAUGUCAAUGGCGCACAACUGGUGUGUAGUUUCCUUUUUGGGUACUUUCUUUUUACUUGCACUAGUGCCGAUGAGAGUGAACCCCUUUGACGGAGUGAAAAGAGAUGGCCGAAAUAUGACUAGGUGAUAGUUCCCGUUUUUUUCCACUUUUUUUGGCAGGAGGAGGAGGAGGAGGAGGAGAGGGAGGGGGGGGAUAUGCUCGGUUCGAACCAGACUGUCAUACGUUUCGGCAGCACUUCUCUGGUACAUCCUUGUCGCAUGUUUCAGCAAUGCGGGCAAGCUGAGGGCGGAACGGUAGCAGGAAGCUGAUGUGUUCUGGUCUGGAAGCCAGAGAGAUCGAGCAGUUGAAGGAUCGUUUUCUUAUUCUAUCUCUACCGGCGAAAAUGUUUCUGUCCCAGUCAUGCGCACGAACCGGGGACGAAGUAUGGCAGGAAGCCAAGAAGAUCGGGAAGUAGAAGGCACGAGGCGGUUGUUCGAAUUUCCGAUUAGUCUUUACCAGCGAGAAUGUUUGCAAACAGUGUACCUUACCAAAUACUGCUCUAGCUGUCUGCCUGUGUCCUCGUUCAGACACGAGACAUCAAGAGCAGCAUUGAAUUUACCCCAGGCGGUGAUGACGAUCACCUUGAAGAGUCUAGCACCAGCUGUCACCUAGACGUAGAUGAC